UGCUGCUGCGAGAGAAGCCCGGCGGUUGCGCGCUGCUGCUGCUGCUGCUGCGAAGUGUUUUGCAGCCUUGGGGGGACGCGCGCGCGCACACUCCCGGGCUGGCGCUCGAGCGCACAGGGCUCUCUCUUCCUUUGCAAACUUUCGCCUUGCCAUCACCGCGCGCGCCAGGAUUUCUUUCCUGCUCCGCUCCGCCGCCGCAGCAACCUUGAACUUUGGCAACGGGGUUUGACAGUACCGUGGUGUAUCAACCCCCGCGCCGCGACAGCUUCUCCAAGAGCGAUUGCAGAUCCGGGAAAGAAAGAAGUGGGGGUGGUGGUAGUAUUAGUAAGUGGUGGUGGUGCAAAAGGCAGCGCGAGCGAGGGAAGGGAAAAGUCUCGCCAACCCCCCCUCCUCCUUAACUCCUGCUGCAUUCCAGCCAGCCAGCCCCCCCCCCACCAUCCGGUUUCUCUCCCCCCCCCCCAAGCCCCAAUCCACCAGCAGCCACUGCAGCAGCAACAGCACCAAGACGGAGUCUCCGAGAACAAGAGGGUUAAAAAGUGUAGAUUGGAUUUCACCCCGGGAAAUCCAGCGCUCGGAGUGAACUUGAAUCUCUUUGGCUAUUUAAGGAGGACUGGGGUUUGUCGGGAACUCGCGGCGCUCCGCGGUCGCUCCUUCUGAUUCCGAUUUCGCCCGAUGACUGUAACAUGAACAGAUGAGACCCUUGCGCUUUUGAUACUUUUUCUCUCCGCAGAAGUGCAUUCUCAGAGCGAAGUCAUGAUGUAUUCUCCCAUCUGUCUCACUCAGGAUGAAUUUCACCCAUUCAUUGAGGCACUUCUCCCACAUGUCCGUGCAAUCGCCUACACUUGGUUCAACCUUCAGGCUCGAAAACGCAAGUACUUUAAGAAACAUGAAAAGCGAAUGUCAAAGGAUGAGGAAAGAGCAGUCAAGGAUGAGCUACUUAGUGAAAAGCCUGAAAUUAAACAGAAGUGGGCUUCCAGGCUUCUCGCCAAACUGCGCAAAGAUAUCCGCCAAGAGUACCGGGAGGAUUUUGUGCUAACUGUUACCGGGAAGAAGCACCCGUGCUGUGUGUUGUCCAAUCCUGACCAGAAGGGUAAGAUUAGGAGAAUCGACUGCCUGCGACAGGCAGACAAAGUCUGGCGUCUGGAUCUAGUCAUGGUGAUCCUCUUUAAAGGUAUCCCUUUGGAAAGUACGGACGGAGAGCGACUCAUGAAAUCCCCCCAUUGCACAAAUCCAGCACUUUGUGUUCAGCCACAUCACAUAACAGUAUCAGUCAAGGAGCUUGAUUUGUUUCUGGCGUACUACGUGCAGGAUCAAGAUUCUGGACAAUCAGGAAGUCCAAGCCACAAUGAUCCUGCCAAGAAUCCACCAGUGUAUCUUGAGGAUAGUUUUGUAAAAUCUGGAGUCUUCAAUGUAUCGGAACUGGUGCGGGUGUCGAGAACGCCUAUAACCCAGGGAGCUGGAGUCAACUUCCCAAUUGGAGAACUUCCAAGUCAACCAUACUACCAUGACAUGAACUCGGGUGUAAACUUACAGAGGUCACUAUCCUCUCCACCAACCAGUAAGAGACCCAAAACUAUAUCCAUAGAUGAGAAUAUGGAACCAAGCCCAACAGGGGACUUUUAUCCUUCCCCCAAUUCACCAGCUGCUGGGAGCAGGACAUGGCAUGAAAGAGAUCAAGAUAUGUCUUCUCCUACAAUGAAGAAACCCGAAAAGCCUUUGUUUAGCACUACAUCUCCCCAGGAUUCUUCACCAAGACUGACCACUUUCCAGCAUCACCAUCCAGGGAUCCCGGGAGUUACACACAGUGUCAUCUCAACUAGAACUCCUCCUCCACCUUCACCAUUGCCAUUUCCACCACAAGCUAUUCUUCCUCCUGCGCCAUCUAGCUACUUCUCUCACCCAACAAUCCGGUAUCCUCCUCACCUGAAUCCUCAGGAUACUCUGAAGAAUUACUCUUAUGACCCGUCCAGUCCACAAACCAGCCAGCCUAACAACAGUGGUCAAGUAGUAGGGAAAAUGCCUGGCCAUUUUACUCCAGUUUUGGCACCCUCUCCCCAUCACAGUACGGUGCGGCCUGUGACCCUGACCAUGACAGACACUAAACCCAUCAUUACAUCCACUGAAGGUGAGGCAUCUUCACCUACAGCAACCACCUACACAGCCUCAGGCACAUCCCAAGCCAAUCGAUAUGUGGGACUAAGUCCAAGAGACCCUUCUUUUCUACACCAACAACAGCUGAGGAUUUGUGACUGGACCUUGAAUCAAAACGGCAGGCAUUUAUACCCCAGUGGCAAUGAGGAUACAUUGGGAAUUACUUGGCAAAGUCCUGGUACCUGGGCUAGCUUGGUCCCUUUUCAAGUAUCAAACAGGACACCAAUCCUGCCGACAAGCGUCCAAAAUUAUGGGUUGAACCUAAUUGGAGAACCUUUCCUUCAAGCAGAAACAAGCAAUUGAGGGAGAUUGAAACUGAACAAAAUACUAUAAAAGAAAGGAAGACGGGACAAAUAAAAAAAGAAGAAGAAGAAGAAAGAAGAACCUGAAGAAAGAAGAAACAUAGACCAGCAAUUGCAGCACUUACAAUCACUAAUUCCCUUAAGGUUGAAACUGUAACGAUGUUUAAAAAAAAAAAAAAAGGGUCGACGAUAUUUCACUGAUGAGUAGAAAGAUGUUCCUCCUAAGUAGCCUUUGUUCUAUGAAAUCCACUGGGAAAUAGAUGUUCUGUCUCUGACAAUAUAUUUUAACUGACUUUCUAGAUGCCUUAAUAUUUGCAUGAUAAGCUAGUUUAUUGGUUUAGUAUUCUUGUUGUUUACGCAUGGGAUCACUAUUCCUAGUUAGCUCUCAAAACAAAGGCUAGGAGACAUCCACCAGAGUUGCAGGAGAAUUGGGGCCAGUGGGCCAGCUUUUCUCAGCACUCUUAAUUUCUAAAAGUUUUUUUUCUCUCUCUAAGGAAAAAAAACCAAACAAUUUAGCCUUUAAUGAUCAAUCCAAAUUUGUUUAACUUUGGCCCUUAUAACCCAGCCUUUUCCUUCUGCGUUACCUAGUUUGAAAUGUUCAGGAAGUCAUUUAAACAAACAGGCAUUUUAUAGAAUUGAUGCCUCACUUUAGGUUUAAAUAAUGUGUUAUCUUCUUGUAUGACCGUAAAAACAAAAAAGAGAAAGACACGGAAAAUAAUUUCUCCCCCACUAAGGAAAACACUUAGAGGCAAGUGCAAUUUUUAAAAAAAGUAUAUCUAAAGGGAUCAUUGUUAUAAGUCCUUUAGCCCUUGGACUCUAAAUUGAGGGGAUUAAAAAAAACAAGAAGAAUUUCAAAGGUAUUUUGAACAAAUCUAUUUUCCCCUCAGUUUUGAAGGGGGGGCAUUAAAAGGCAUUAAUUAAAUCAAGACAAAUCAUGUACUUGAGAAAAAGAAAUUGAUUGAAACACAGCACUUAUGUUGAUUUUAGCUUCUGCCUCUUUGAGGUAUUUUAUUUAUUUAAAGUUACUGGUUGCAUCAAGAAGAAUCCCUAGAGAAUGGGAAAGGUUCUAUAAAACCUUCAUCACAGAGACGGGAGAGAGGUAAAUUCAAAUCACAGGGACAAAGCUUACAGUUUACAAACUGGGAACGCCAGGUUGUUGGGUUGGGUGGGGGGGGGGUGAAAUAUAUUUUUUAAAAAUGCACUCUUUUAGAAAGUAUAAUAACAGGGUGCUGAAAUCUUUGCAUGGUGCUCUCAGAAAUUAGCCUUGUUCGACACAUUUCUCAUAUUGACAGGAACGUGCAUGGGCGGAUACAUUUUGCCUCUAUGUCUCUAUAAAAAAAAAAUUAAUUAAAACUACUUUAUCCAGUAAUCCUAAUUUGCACGAAGUUAUAAUGUCCACAUAACGUGCCUUGCCUUGAAAUCUAAAAAAAAAAAGUGACAUCACUACACUUGUUUUGCUGCAUUUAUUAUCAUUUUAAAUCUUUACCAUUUUUAUGACAAAAUAUUUUGUACUCCAAGAUGGGAAAACGAAAAAAAAAAAAAUUGACAUCAUGGAUUUUUUAAGCAGUUAUAACUUUAUCUCACAUUUAUAAAGCAUAUCAUGGCUGUGUAUAGUUGCCGCUUGAAAAUUGUAAUCGACCAGCAAUAUUUUCAGUAUUUUGGUGUUUUUUCUAUUAAUCUUUCAUGUUUUUCAUCUUCCAAUUAAUAUUGGGGGGAGGGGAUUCAAAUUUAUACGAAUUAUGCAAUACCAAGUUUUGCCUAUGUACGUAGUGCUUUUUAGCUGUAUUGGUUAUUCUAGGUAAGUACACAGAUUUAAAAGACAAAAGAUUAAUGUAUGCUUUUUCGUUUGUUCGUUCGUUUGUUCGUUUGUUUUAAUUGACCAAAGUGGGUACUGCUAUUUUUGCAGUGUGAUGAGGUCCUUUUGUGUACUGAGAGAUGGGCAGGGGAUUUUUUGUUUUUGUUUAUACAUACAUAUAUCUAUCUAUUCUGGGUGGGUGGGAAGGAUUUGUGAACAGUGUAGCUGUGAAGCAGUGCACCAUUCGCCUGGUGAGGGCUACAAAGCGACUCUUCUGCCUACUGUGAUAAAAAAAAA